CUUCGGUCAAGCUAACUGCCAUAUCAGUUUGACACGUGUCUCACGAGAAAAGCCAGCUUUUUUUUGGAGUAUGGGCACACAAUUGGACAAAAUUGAAGUCGCUAUUGCACCCUAACCUCCGGCUGCCCCUUCUUUCCCGUCUCUGCAUAGCAAGAACGCGAGGGGAGACCCGCCCUCAGUCCGAAGUGAGUGGUCGUCCUGCGCUUAUUACCAUUCCUACCAGGCCGUUGGUACUCCACUCGCCUCGCUCGUCUUCGUCUCUGCGGUGCCCGUCUCCGAGAGACUGCAAGUAUUUUUUCUGCUGGAGCAGGGGCAGUUAGUUUUAUGGCCCCCACGUCCUCGUCCUCGGCGUCCCAGUCCUCAUCCGCCAUGCAGCCGCAAGAUCCCAGCGCCGCUGCGCUUGACGCCUCGCAAGCCUUCAACUACGACCCGGCCUCCUAUCAGCAGUACGCGCAGGAGCGCGCGUUGCACGACCAGGCAGUGCACAACUCCAUGGCCGCCGUCAGUGGCUCGACCGGUGCGGGCAAGCCCGUGACCAGCUCGGCCUCCACCACGACCAAGGACAGCACGAACCCGCGCCUCAAGACGGAGAACACAUCGGCCAGUACGUCCCCCACAAGCGUCUCCAAGAUCCAGCAGACCCAAGCUUCAUCCUCUUCCACGCCUGCUACGUCGACCUCUACGACAAACUCCAAGACUACGGCCGCUCCGGCCCGCAACGAGACUCUCAAGUCCAACCGCCUCUGCACCAUGCCCGGCUGUACCAAGCGUGUGCGCUCUAAGGGUCUCUGCAAGGCCCAUGGCGGUGGCCGUCGUUGCAUGGUCGACGGCUGUGAGCGCAGUAGUCAGGGCCAGGGACUCUGCAUCCGCCACGGCGGUGGCAAGCGUUGCACGCAGCCAGGCUGUACCAAGGCCUCCCAGUCUAACGGUCUCUGCAAGGCCCACGGCGGUGGUCUGCGUUGCCAGAGCCCCGGAUGCACUAAAAGUAGCCAGGGUGGCGGCUUCUGUCGUGCUCACGGUGGCGGCCAGCGUUGCGAGAAGGAAGGAUGCAACAAGGGCGCCCAGCGUGGUGGCUUCUGUGCCGGCCAUGGCGGUAGUCGCUUCUGCCAGCACCCAGACUGCACCAAGAACGACCGUGGCGGAGGUUUCUGCGCCGAGCACGGCGGCGGCAAGCGUUGUGACCACCCAGCAUGCAACAAGCCAGCGCGCAAAAAAGGCAAGUGCUCGUAUCACGCCAACGCCGCCAAGGGCAAGCUCCCCAAGGACCAGCUUGCUACGGCUGCUUCUAUUCCACAGCACAUGAUGGAUAUGCGACAGAUUACAACGCCGACGUUCGCGAUGGGUGUCAAGGAUUUGCGUGACGCGCACCUCGACCCUCAGCGCGCUGCGUACGUGCAGCAGCGUGUGGAGAUGGAAAUGCGCUACAAGGGCUACGAGGCUCCCACCAACGCCGGCCAAUACCUGCAGAUUCACGCCGACCAGCGUUCAUACGAGCCCAUCAGUCUGCAGGCUGGUGCCGCUGCUCGUUACCACAUGCCUGUGGACAACAGCUCUCUGCCUCCCGUGUCUGGCGGCAUGUACAAACCUGGUGCCGCCGUGGAUCGUCAAGCUUACGCGUCACGUGCCGCCCCCGAGCAGAUGAAGAACCCGUACUCGCAGCACUGGGCGGCCAAGCCGGAAAUGCCCCAGCACCACCCGGAUGGAAGGGUUGACUACUUCGAAGUGAACAAGGAGCAGCAGCAGCAGCCUGGCCACCAUCAUCCGUACCCUACCCAGUCGUCACAGUAUCACCACCACCUCAGUGCAGCAGAUUCGGCUGCCGCCGCUGCGGCCUACGGCCAGCAACCAGCCCGUGGAUACUACAACCAGCAGCCGUCGCAAGCUUCUGCAUCCAGUGACCAGCCGCCGUCCCAGCAGCAGAAUAUGAUGUAUUACUCGGCGAAUGGAUACCAGCCGCACCAGAUGCACAGUAUGCAACAGCAACAGCAGCAACAACAGCAGAUGCAGAUGUUAUAAGCCCAGCAAUGCCCAAGUGCGGUCGCCGAACGAGUCUGCUUUUCUUGCAUGUCGCAUUAGGAGAUGAAGCUGACGGAAACCGAGUGCAAGCGAGCGACGUUGUGAGCCGACCACACUGCUGUAAUAGAGAUAGAAACAACCCACUAUGGAUCGGAGCUCCUCGCCCUCGAGGAAGCGGCAGCAAAGCGUUUUUUUUUUUUUAUUGCCGUCGGCUUGGGAACGUAACCUUCCUCCCAACCAGUUUUGAUCGAGCCACAAAAGGAAGGAUUGGCGCAAAAGCACUAUCCGCAUGAACAUGUUUGUUUGAAACCUUGAA